AUGCUCGAUGCGAUCGCUGCUGACGUGGCUAGUACUGCUGACGAAGCUACUGCAGAUCGGACUGUAUCGGGCGUUACUACUUACGUUAUUAGCUGUGCUGCUGCUGGUGCCGUGAAAUCUGGUGCCGCCGCAGAGGAUGGGAUCGAGGUGCGAAGGUAUUUGAAUCGCGCUACGCUGAACAACAUUCUCCGCCUUGCUGUUGGGAAGCGCUUCGGCUAUUCGUCGAUUCGCGGCGCGUCGGGCACCACGCCGAAGGCGAUUCUCGACGCCGCGAUGCGCAUCGACUGGAACGAACGCAUCGCCGCAAUAAGUGGCGAGAACCGCGGCGGCGGCGCCCGCGGCACUGCCAACGCGGCCGCCGCAGCUCCAGCUACGAGGUCUGAAGUUUCCGCGGCAGUGGAAGAAGAUAAUUCGAAGCUACUAUUUCCUCUGACAGAGGACGUGGCGCGUGAUAAGUCGUCGUCUUUGGCAGAGAAGGCGGAAGGCGAAGUGGCGUUUGCGAUAAUCGAAGAGGGUUUUGCAGUUGCAGGAGCAUUCAAUAUCGCGGAUUACGUGCCGUGGCUGAGUUACUGGGACCCGCUGCGCAUGUACGCGCGCGUGCAGCGCCUCGCGCCGCAGCUACACGGAUUCAUGCGCGCAUGCAUCGAGGAGCGACGUCAGAUGGUGCUGCAGAAGAGAAAUCGUGCAGACGGUAGCGGGACUGCACUCGUUGACGUGCUAUUUGAGAUGGAAGGGGAAGGGGAGGAUGAGAUUGAUGAAGACGAGAUGCUGAUGCUCGCGAUUGAUAUGAUGAUGGCCGGGACUAAUGCCACUUCCAAGACCGUGGAAUGGGCGCUUGCUGAGCUGGCGCAGCACCCUAACAUGCUGGAAAGGCUGCGCGCUGAGGUGGAUGCGGCGUAUGCCAGGUCAGCGGCAAGUGCAGCUGCCAAAACUGGGGCAGCUGCAGUAGCAGGCUGUAUUAAAAGAAACACUUAG